UGCAAGAGAGUGUCGGUGGCUUAUAGGCACAAAGCAAGAGAGGCAUAGAUCUGCACAUCAGAGGCUCAGAGAGUGCAAACCUCACCCGAAGCACGGCAGCCAAAGAGGACCAUGGCAUUUGCAGGGAUGCUGAGCGACGAGGACAUCAAGGCUGCGGUCAAGGCUUGUCAAGCUCCAGGCACAUUCAACUUCAAGUCAUUCUUUACACAAGUGGGACUGACCGGCUCAUCUGAGGCAGACGGGAAAAAAGUGUUUACAGUCCUGGACCAGGACAAGAGUGGAUACAUUGAGGAGGAGGAGCUCAAACUGUUCCUUCAGAAUUUUUCCCCGGGGGCAAGGGAGCUGACUGUGGCUGAGACCAAGAGUCUGAUGGCUGCAGGAGAUAGGGAUGGCGAUGGCAAGAUUGGAAUGGAAGAGUUCUGUGAUCUCCUGAAAUAAAGAGAAUAAAUACACAUGACUGCAGCUUUCUUUCCCUGUUUUUGAAUAAUGGAUUUCUUAUGGAAGUCCCCACUUUCCAGAUCGUUUGAUGCAAAGACCAGAAACCUCAGAUAUUCUGUACCUGCCUGCUGCUCUCCUUUGUUGAUGUGAUAUAAUAAUGGCAUAAG